AUGUCUCCUCCGGUACCCCGCCAACUCAUGAGAGAACCUACGGAUCGCACCCGACGUCUGAUGGUGAACCGACCAGUGCGGGAGAUGGCACAGGGCAGGCCCGCCAGGCCGGCUUAUCGGUCUCGCCCCGAAUCUCGGAGCUCUAACGUGUCCAGACAGAGGUCCAGGUGCGGAUCGCUGGCUUCCAGUCCAAUGCUUCGGCAACGGCGGGUGAAUAUCAGCCAUGAGUUCACCACCGGAAUGGCCGAGGUUAUCAACCAGUUCACACAGCAGCAAAAUGCCGCACUCGAGGAGCAGAAGGCAAAAUACCACAAGUAUAUCAAGCGACUCAAACGCGAACUUGCUGAAGAAUCCGAUGUCAUUGCUCAACAGACUUCUCAGAUCAGCACCCAAACGCACGAGAUCAAGGAUCUUCAGGCCUCCAGAGAAGAAAUGGCAGGCCAGCUCCGAGACCUCAAAGCCAAGUUGGGAGCUUCUGAGGAUCGAGCGCGGAAACUGGAGGAAAAGUACCGCGCUUGCAAGACGCAUCUCAACUCGGCCAUCCAGGAGCAACAGGAUCUCUACACUCGCUCAAAGAAGCACUGGGAACAGAUGGAUGCUCUGACGCAGCAACUCGAAGAAAAGGAAGUCGAGCUCAGUCGGGAACGGGAGUCCACUCGAGUCUUGUCUGAGAAGCUGCAGCGCCUUCAAGCCACCUCGACCGGUUUCGAGGCACUAGCGGCCCAGGGUAAAGAGAUCUUGAACCGGCUCGGUGAGCAAGCGAAGAAGACAGAAGAGCAGCGUCAAAAACUCGCAGACGAAUUACGGGAUAGACUUGAUGCAGUUGCAAACCGCCUUGAGGCUCUGUCAGGCAUGGCGUCCAGUCAGUCCGAUGCGUUGGCCAGUCUCCGGCAGACUCAAGAUGAGUCCAUGAACAGUGUGACCAUCAAGCUGGGCAACAUGCUGGAAUGUCGAGAAGCUGCUAAGAAUGCGACAACUCAGCUGUCGACAGAUCUCGAGAUCAAUCUGGCGAAGGUUUGGCAGCGGCUGGACAACCAGCUUGAGUCCCUCAGUAAGCAACUGGCGGAGAAAUCCGAAGAGAACGGCAUGAUGUCGACUCUGUAUAGGAGAAAGGAGGCCGAGUGCGAGAAGCACAUGAAGGAGCUUGCAGCGCUCCGAGAUACCACGGAGAAACAGGAGCAGCAAAUUCAAGAUCUCGACUCCAGCCUGUUUGCUCUGGAUGCGGCGCACGAAGAAAGCGAGGACAAGAUUCGACGACUGGAGGAGUCAGCUGCAGAGACAGCGCAGCUCAGAGAAGAACUGAAGUCCAAAGCUGCUGUUGUGGCCGAGCUGCAGAGUAAGCUCGACGCCCAAGAUAGGGCACAUGCUUCCGAAUUGCACACGUACACUUCCGACAUCCGCAAGCUUGUCCAGGCCCUCCAGGAAAAGGACCUGUCUUCAGGGAUCGCAGCUCAACAGGCAGCCGAGGCAGCUCGCUGUGAAAUCCGGCUCGAGAUGGAGAAGGCUAACUCAAAGACCGAGAGACUCCUUCACGAGACAGAGCAGCAGCGGAAUGCUUUGGCCAGUCAAGUGGAAGAGCUCAAGCAGGAGUUGAGAGAAAAGGAGCAGGCCGAUUCCCGGAAUUCCGCCACAAUCCACUCGCUCCAGGAGCGUCUCUCGACAGCGGAAGCAAAGCAAAAUACCAUGACCGACGAAUUCACCCAACGGUUAGCUAGUUUGGGGGAGUCGGAAAGCCGGCUAACGUCUCAAGUCGCAGAUUUAGAGACGGAGCUUAAGGCCACGAAGGAUCGGGCUGUCGAGUUAGAGGGGGAAAGCCGGCUCCAGCACGCAAGAUUCGAAGCACUCAUUGCGGGCUUGAAGCAAUGGGCAGCGCAAGUAGGGUUGAGUACUGACGGCUUGAAUGGCUUGGGCGACGGCAACAAAAGUGUCGAGGAAAUCAGAGCAGAGCUCCUUCGGGCCCUGGGACAGCCGCAGUUUUCUCGAAGAUCCCAGACGCUCACCCCCGAGGAGCACACUGAUUUGAGGCCCGACGUGGAGAACUCCAGGUUCUUCUCAGGGGGCGCUGGUCAGUCGCAGACAGACGUCGAAACGCACACUGCUCUCGAUCAGCGCACAAAUGGCGGCGCCGACGAAGCUUUGCGUGAAGGCACGCGAACAGAGGGUGUCUCGGAUGAAAACAGCCAGCUGCCGUAUGCAUCAACGCUGCACCACAUGAGGCGUGUCGUGGUCCGCAGCCCGGCCAACGCCCCGAGCGAGCCGGUUGCGCCAUCUAUCGAUCAGGAGAAGAUGCGGAGACGAGGAGCUCUGCAGCCAAAGUCCAUCAUGAAGCGUGUCACUCGGAGCACAUCUAGCAUGAUGAAACAAGGGGAAUCCAACUCAGCGGCGGGCCAUGGGGCGUUCAAAAGAAACGGAGGUAUUGAGAGCCUCCAGGGCACUUCCGCUUUGAAUGGCUGUAAGGGGAGGCCCGAAGGCACUAGAGUUACCCCGGCGCCGGACCUGCAGCCUCCUGAGAACACAGAUGGAGUCUUGUCGAGGCGGCCCAGCAAACGCAGACGCUCCGAAACGGCGAAACUCGACGACUCGGGCCGCGCCCUUGGCGCCCCCAGCCAAGGAAAGACGACAGAACUGUCGAUCUCCGGGAGCGUGCCCGCACCCCAGAGGGCAGAGCCGGACUUCACCUACACGGCACUAGCUGGACCGCAGCAAGGGGAUCCUGAGAGCCAUCGUCGGCGCCAUCCGUCUAAUGCCAGCAUUUCUCAAGAGAGUAGAUCGACCGCAGCGCAAAACUCACGGAGAAAGCCUGGUUCUGGUUCACAAGGUUCGCAACGAACCGCCUCGGCCCACGCAACCCAAGUUCUGGGGCCUCGACAACCGAAUUUGCGAACAUACGGUUCACAGCGAACGAGCGGAGAACAUCGCGCAGUCAAGGACACGCAGUCCUCCUUAGAAUCACAAUCGCAAACCCGGUAUUGGCAGAGGUUGAAGGAGUCGCAAGACUCAAUCACCUUCUCUCACGGCGCCAACGAGGCUGAGAACUUGCUGGCUGCCUUUCGGGAUUGA